AUGUCUAGGAAGACGGCAAAAGACAUGAGAUGGCAUAGUGAUAAGCGUGUGGAUGAUGGUGUAGGGAGGCAUCCGGCUGAUUGUAAAGAGUGGAAGGAAUUUGAUUUGCAUUAUCCAGAGUUUGCCCAGGAGACUUGCAAUGUUAGGUUGGGCCUAGCCACCGAUGGGUUCAACCCUUUUGGGAACAUGAGCACUUCCUAUAGCAUGUGGCCUGCCAUACUCAUGCCCUAUAACCUCCCACCUUGGAGAUGUAUGAAGGCCCCAUUUUUCAUGAUGUCCUUACUUAUUCCUGGACCUAAUCAACCAGGGACUGAUAUUGAUGUCUACCUAAGGCCAUUGAUUGAUGAGUUGAAGGAGUUAUGGGAGAAUGGCGUGAUGACUUACGAUGCCUCCACUGAACAGACCUUCCGGAUGCAUGCAGCUGUAAUGUGGACCAUAAAUGACUUCCCUGCAUAUGGUGACUUAUCCGGAUGGAGAACUAAACGUUAUUUGUCUUGCCCUCCUUGUAAUGAUAAUCCAUUGUCACGCGGGUUGAUCAGUAAGAUUGGGUGGGUGGGUCAUCGAGCUUACUUGCCUGAUAACCACCUUUGGAGGAAAGACAAGAAGUUUGAUGGUUUAACUGAGCUUAGAAAGAAAUCCUUGGAUUUACCGGUGGAAAAAGUAAUGGCUCAAUUGGAUCAAUUGCGGGAAGUCAAGUUUGGAAAGGAUCCUACCAACAAGAAAAGACCACGAGAGUCUGAAGAAUUGAAUUGGACAAAGAAAAGCAUAAUGUGGGAGCUACCGUAUUGGAAGAAAUUAAACCUCCGACACAAUCUUGAUGUCAUGCACAUUGAGAAGAAUAUUUGUGAAAACUUUUACGGGACGAUGUUGGCCAUAGAUGGGAAAAACAAGGACACGUACAAAGCACGUGAUGAUUUGCAAGAAAUGGGCAUAAGGCAAGAAUUGCAUCUACAGAGGAAAGAUAACGGAUCCGUUGUAAAGCCUCGGGCAGCCUACACAUUGGAUUCUCGACAAAUAGAUGGUUUUUGUGAAUUCUUGAAGUCGAUUAGUUAUCCAGAUGGCUAUGCAGCAAACAUCUCAAGAUGUGUGACUUCUAAAAAUGGAAGAUUAUCAGGCAUGAAAAGCCAUGAUUGUCAUGUCCUGCUUCAGCGACUUCUACCAAUUGGCAUGCGUGGUUUUGUGAACAAGGAGAUCUGUACAACACUAUUUGAGUUGGGCAACUUCUUCCAAGAACUGUGCUCAAAAACAUUAAGGCAAACUGAUUUGGAAAAAAUGGAAGAACGAAUUGUGCUCAUACUUUGCAAGUUGGAGAAAAAUUUUCCUCCAGCUUUCUUUGAUGUGAUGGUCCAUUUGGCUGUUCACUUGCCCCGUGAGGCCAUGUUUGCUGGACCGGUGCAAUAUCGAUGGAUGUACCCGAUUGAAAGGUUUCUCGGGACUUUGAAAGGGUAUAUCAGUAAUAGAGCACGUCCAGAAGGUUCUAUCGCUGAGUUAAAAGGGAUUGAUAAACCUGAACAAAAUGAUGAUGGUGGUGAACGUGGUCCCGCGAUGGAGAUGAAUGAUUUGCGAACGAAAGGGUCACCUAAAGCAACUGACGAAUUGUGGUCAUUAGCAAAUGGUCCUGGAUCAGUAAUAGACUUUUAUUCUGGGUGCAUCUACAAUGGAAUUCGAUUCCAUACUAGAAACUGUGAAAAUCGUCGUACCUGCCAAAAUAGUGGGUUGGUCAUAGAAGGGGACCAUAAUGGGAACCAAAUUAAUUUUUACGGCUACUUGUGCAAAAUAUGGGAAUUGAAAUACUUGCAUGGGGGUACAGUGGUUUUGUUCCAAUGUGAAUGGUAUGACACCGGUCACAAGAAUAGAAUAUACUCCGAUGAACAUGUCACAAGUAUUGAUGUUACAAGACUUUGGUAUAAAGAUGACCAAUUUAUUCUACCUAGUCAAGAUAUACCAGAGCGGGAUGAUGUCUCUAAUGAUGCUUUUCAACAGGAUGAAACCACUGAUGGUGUUGGGGUAGUGAUCCAAGAUAAUGAUGUUCAAUACAGCAGGGGUGAUAUGGAUCCUGAGAUCAUUUUCAAUGAUCAACUAAUGGCAGAGAAUUUAGUUCACAAUGAUGACGAGGACAACACAAUCAUAGAGUAUAAUGAUGAUGAAGAUGAUGAACUGCAUAGACAACCUGAUGUUGAUGUAGAUCCUGAUAUAGAUCUUGAUAUAGAUUAUGAUAUGUAG